AUGACUUUGGAGCCGAACGCCAAUAAACGUCAGCGAGCACAAGAGCAGGUUCGGAGAGCCAGGCUUCGCGAUUUUCUUGAGUCUCUAGAACGCGACAACUGGGAGGACACCAGUAGUGACGAUGGCUAUGACAGUGAGCUGCAGGAGGGAGAACUUGUCGCAGAGACGUCGCUAUCGUUUCCAACCGCUGCGUUACCUGUCAAUGCUUUAACAGGAACAACGCACAGAGUUCCGGACUCACAGCAGGUACGUCAGCGACGUAAACGGAGAGAUUCGCGCGCUGAAAUCGAUUCGGAGAGAGCGAGUAACUCCGGAGGCGCUGUGGCUGAUCAACGGACUAUGGAGUCAACGCCGACCAGCGACCUCGAUUCACAGUUAGGAAACGGGCCGAGACGCCCGCCUUGGAAGCUAUCUCAUUUGGUGCGUCUCAACUAUCGGUAUGCAUGGUUAGCACAACGCGGAUCGCUGGAAGGGUGGCUCUACUUCACCAGUGCACCGGCGACGGCAAGCGCUAGGCCAGCACGACACCUGUGUGAUGUGUGCGGCUUCGGGGCGUGUUACACAUGCCCUCGAUGCGGCGGCUUUACGUGCAGUCUAGCAUGCACGAGGACGCACAGAGAGACCCGGUGUUUACGUACAUGGCAAACAUGA